GUCUUCGACACCUCGAUGGGCACCUUCGAGGCCGAGAUCUUCAUGGACAAGAUGCCCAUCACCGCCAGUAACUUCGUCGAUCUCGCCAACUCCGGCUUUUACGAUGGCCUUCACUUCCACAGGGUCAUCGACGGGUUCAUGCUCCAGUUCGGCUGCCCCAACUCGUCGGAUCCCCAGUCCCCCCGCGCCGGAACCGGCGGUCCCAAGGGAGGCUCUUCCUUCGAGUGCCAGGGGAAGACCAUCAAGCGCGACGCCGGCGGCAACAUCCCCGACGAACUCAUCGAUAAGACCUCGAACCUCCCGGGAACCCUCUCCAUGGCCAACACCGGCCAGCCCAACAGCGGCGGCUCGCAGUUCUUCGUCAACACGGUGCACAACUCGUUCCUGGACUGGUUCGACGGCCAGACCCCGUCGCAGCACCCGGUGUUCGGCAAGGUGACCAGCGGCAUGGACGUGGUGAAUAAGAUCGGGAAGACGAAGACCGACAGGCGCGACGCCCCGGUGACCCCGGUCAAGAUGAACUCCCUCAAGAUC